CCUGACCAAUGAAAAUAUUUUGGUAGAAGAUUUGGUGCAUGAUCAUUGCCAAACUUAUCUUGCUUUCUUGUUAGAAUUUAUUAUAUAAGAUGAUUUCCUUGAACUGCCAGUAUUCACAGUCCAGCAACCAAGCUCCAAGAAAGCUACUGAGGAUGCAAGUUACUGCAUAGCCUGAAGAUGGAGAUGAUAUUGCGACAUGAGGGUAUAAGGAGAGAACAACGUCGGCCUCAUUUUGAUGUUCCUUCAGAAUUCCUGGAAGCCUUUUCCUCUGAUCAUCAAUGUUGUGAUAACAAGCUACAGUCUCCAACUCCUUCAGGAAAAUAUGUACUUGUACCAGAUGGCCUACAUUGUUCAACGUGCUACUCUAUUCAUGGGUAUCCCUCCCAUGAACAAACCGAAAGAGAGAGUGAAGAUUUCCUACAACUUCUUGAGCAUUGUACAUGUUUCUGUGCAUACAUCGAGUUACCUCGACAUUGGUUAGUAAUGUUCAAUGAUUACUUGAACCAAUAUUUUGACAAACUGGAUCGCAAAUACAAUUCUUUAGAAGAAAUGAUGUUAAAGAAUCAGGAACUUCAAGAAAGAUCAUGGAGACUUGUCAGGGAAAUUGAGACUGAGAAAGAAAGUUGUUCGGUCGAUCCAGUCUUUCAAAAGUUAUUAGAGAUGCCAGAAGGAAUUCUUGAAGAUUGCAAAAUUUGGUUUCCUGAAAUCCUGAAUUUUCUUCAUGAAAAUAGACUAGGUUUUUGUCAGGGAGAUGUUAAUCUAUUAUUGAAUUAUCUUUCUCAGGCUUAUUCUUUAGUUCAUUGUAAAUACUGUUCUAUUUCCAGGAUGGCUAUUUAAGCAGGUUUUUGGCAAGUCAGUCCCGAAUUCGGAGGCUUUUUCUGGAAGAACAUUAAUUUUAAGAUGGAUUUUCCUUUCUGGAAGAAAUUUAUGGAAAAAAAGAUUAUUUUUAUCAAGAAUUUUUCUCUUUCUAUGGGACCUUAUUAUCUAAUUGGAGGUGGGUAUUUCUCAUAUGUAUACAAUAUUAAGCAAGAUUUGGUGGUGUGGUACUUGCCCAAUUUCUGGCAUGAAGAUAACUUUGGAUUUGAUCCUGAAGGAAGAACAAUUUCUUACAAUGCAAAAUACUUUUGGUAUGGAAUUGAAGAUUCCCAAUUCGGUUGCUACUACAAUAGAGCAACUCAGGAAGUUUAUGACUGUAAUAUGCUGCAAUUUCUUGAAGAAUACUAUUAAUCUAGAACUCUCAGUCUUUGCAAAGAUUAAUUCAGAGGAAUACAUUUUUCAAUGCAUAAUAUAUAGUAUCCUUUUUUUUUUUUCUUGAUAUAA